AGCAGCAGCAGCAUGACGGGCCGCGAGGAGAUCGCGGAGGGCAAAGCCAAGGGGAAAGCGCUGACGCCCAGCGGAGGCGGCGGCCCCGAGAAGGCGCGCUUGGGGAGCCCGUCGGGCGGCAGCCUGCGCUCCAAGGGCUUCGCCAUCACCGACCUGCUGGGCUUGGAGGCGGAGCUGCAGCCGCCCGCCACCUCCUCCGUGACCGGCUCGGGCUGCGAAGGCGGCGGCGGGGCAGCGGGGCUGGCAGGAGGCGGCACCGGCGGCGGAGGUCCCUUGCCCAUGGGCUUGGGCUUCCUGUGCGGCUUCGCCACGCAGCAGCCGGCCGGGGCGCAUUGCCUCCUGCCGGCGCACCUGCCCUUCCUGCAAGCGCGCCCGGAGCACCAUCACCACUCGCACCACCACCCGAGCCACCACCCGCACCAAUACGGCCCCGGAGCCGAAAAGCACAAGGAGAACAUCUCCGAUGAAGACAGUUUGUCAGGGGACAAGAACAACCUCAAGGCAUCUGAUUCUCAGAUCAAGAGAAAGAAACGGCGGCACAGGACUGUGUUUACUGCCCAUCAGCUGGAGGAACUGGAAAAGGCUUUCAAUGAAGCCCACUACCCGGAUGUGUAUGCCAGAGAAAUGUUAGCCAUGAAAACAGAGCUCCCUGAGGAUAGGAUACAGGUUUGGUUUCAAAACCGAAGAGCCAAGUGGCGAAAGCGUGAGAAGUGCUGGGGCCGCAGCAGCGUGAUGGCAGAAUAUGGUCUCUAUGGUGCUAUGGUGAGACACUCCAUCCCACUACCUGAAUCAAUCAUCAACUCUGCCAAAAGUGGGCUUGUGGGCUCCUGUGCCCCCUGGCUGCUUGGAAUGCAUAAAAAAUCAAUGGAUGUUACAACUAAGCCCGAAAGCGAGGAAAAGGGGAACAGUGACUGGAAAUCUCAACGCCCUGAAGAGGAAUUAAAAAUUAAGCAGGUAGAGCAGGAAAGAAGCUCCACUGACAAAUUUACCUCAAUGGACAAUUCUGAUGACAUUGCAAUGGAUCUCUCCAGCACAGCAAAGCAUGAGAAAAAGCACGACACUUUGAGACAGUGUCUCAGUGGAGGCCCCCAGCCCAAAAUGAAGGACAGCGAGCACUAAGAAUCAGAAAGAGGAGAGAUGUGAUACAAUAGAAAAUAAAUAAAUAAAUG